AUGUAUAUUGAGGAAAUUAUUCUUGAUGGGUUUAAGUCCUAUCAAAAAAGGACAGUAAUAGGUAAGUUUAACCCAAGAUUUAAUGCAAUAACAGGUCUAAAUGGGAGUGGAAAAUCAAAUAUCUUGGAUUCAAUUUGCUUUGUGCUUGGAAUAACAAAUUUAUCGCAAAUACGUAUUAACAAACUUGAGGAACUUGUUUAUAAAUCUGGUCAAGCAGGAAUUAGCAAAGCUUCUGUUUCUAUUAUUUUUAAUAAUGAUGACAAAUCAAACUCUUCACCCCUCUAUAAGGAUUUAGAUAAGAUUACGAUUACAAGACAAAUUGCUACCGGAGGAAGGAAUAGAUAUUUGUUAAAUGGGAGCAUUGUGAAACCUAUUGAAAUAACAAAUUUUUUUCAUUCGGUUCAAUUAAAUGUGAAUAACUCUCACUUUUUAAUAAUGCAAGGUAGAAUUACUAAAGUUAUUAAUAUGAAACCUAAAGAACUAUUAUCAAUGGUGGAGGAAGCCGCUGGCACAAGGAUGUAUGAAACGAAGAAACAACAAAGUCUAAAGCUUAUAGAAAAAAAGGAUAGCAAAUUAGAAGAAAUUAAUCGAAUGUUAGAAGAAGAUAUAAUACCAAAACUCGAACGGCUUAAAAAAGAGAGAUCAGAUUAUCUAAAAUUGAACAGUAUUAAUGAAGAAAUCGAGUUAAUUGAACGACUAUGCAUUUUGCAUAAUUACAAUAACUUAUCUUUGGAGGUAUCUGAGGUAGAAGAAAGACUCAAAAGUUCCGAAUUUAUAUUCAAUGAAAUUGAAAGGACUAUAUCUACUAGCAAAGAAGAAAUCAUCGUUUUAAAAAAAUUAGUCGAGGAUGAAGAAAAUAAAUUGUCAUCUGAGUGGUCAAUCCCACUAAAAAAUUGCAAAGAAAGAAUAUCAAAUGUGGAAUCCAAAGUUAGAUUAACUCAGGUUCAGCUUAAUGAUUUGAAAAUAGAUUUGAACGAUGAAGAAAAUGCACUUACUGAUCAAAUUAAUCAAAAGAAGAUAAUUGAAGAUAAAACAAAUCCCCACGCUAUAAAUUUUAGUCCAGAAGUGUCAAUAGAGAAAUCUGAAGAGUUUUUUAAAGUAGAGAAACAAAUUAACGAUUUAAAAGAAAAGUUGGAAAUAAACAAGAAAUCCCUUCAAGGAAUUAGGGCAGGAUGUGACAUUAAUUUGAAUAACUCCGAACAAAAAUCAUUAAGACAAUCGCUUUAUGAUACUGAAAAAGAACUGGCCAAAAUUUCUGUUCAAGAAAAGAAGGUCAAGAUGAAAAUUGGAGAAAUUGAAAAGAAAGUCAAAACCUUGGAUGGUCAGCUUAAGAAGAGUUCAUAUGCUUCAAAUAAACGCAAAUCGAUGACUCCUAAAGAAGAAUAUACACACCUAAGCGAUCAGAUAAAAAAAUUAGAAGGUGAUAUUAUUCAUUUAAGAGAAGAUGCGGAGUUAUGUGAAAAAUAUAAUCUUGAAAAAAGAAAAAUAAAAAUAGAUAACGACUCUUUAGAAAUUCAACUACAACCGAUUGAGAUGUUUGUCCGCACUAGGCAAUGUAUUUACAAUUUUGGAGACCUAAAUGAGUUGGCAAUACAGGCUCAUAUAAAUGAAGUGGAUACUCUAUUGGACUAUUCAAAAGCCCAAAAGACAAAGGUUAAAGGAUCUGUAUUUGAGUUGAUAGAUUAUUUGGAUUACAAAUAUUCAACAGCAUUGGAAAUGACCGCAGGAGGAAGGUUGUAUAAUCUGGUAGUUGAAAAUCAUGAAGUUGGGAAAAAACUUUUGAAUAGUGGACUAAUUAAAAAAAGGAUUACAAUAAUACCAUUAAAUAAAAUUUCAGAUCCUUCUAUUCCAGAAAAAAAAUUAGAUUAUGCCAGAAGUUCGGCCCAAUGUAACGGUGAAGAUGAUUUUCGUGUGGUAAAUGCCAUGAAUAUUUUAAAAUUUGAUAAAGAACUGGAGCCAGCUAUUAAAUUUUGUUUUGGGCACACUCUUAUUUGUGAAGAUGAAAAUAUUGCUAAAAUGAUAACGUUCGAUCCUAAAAUAUCUACAAGAACAGUGACAUUAAAUGGCGAUAUUUAUGAUCCUAAUGGGACUUUAUCUGGUGGAUCCGUUGCAAACAGUCAAAGAAGUAUUUUAUCAGCAUAUAAGCAGUACAAUGAGCUUAGGCUAAAAAUACUACAAAAUAACAGGAGAAUAGAGGAAAUAAAUAAAAUUCUGGCAGAUUUGGGUGAAGCUGCAGAUUCAUAUAGACAUUCUCAAAUACAAUUGGACAUAAAUAAGCAUCAACUUAAAUUAUUGGAAGAACGUAUAAUCAGAUUGGAAGAAGAUUCAGUUGAAUCGAAGAUUGAAAAAUAUUUAAAUGAAAUAAAAGCAUUGAAGAGUGAACACGAAGAUUUACUUAACAAAGAAAAAUAUUUGAAAGAAAACAAAUUAAGGCUUGAAAAUGAGAUUAAAGUGUUCGAGGAUACGAAGGAAUCUAGAGAAAAACAUUUGGAAGCUGAAAUAAAUAAUCUAAAAAAGGAAAUUAGAGAUUUGUCGGCUACAUAUAAAAAUUUGGAUAAAAUUACUUCUUAUACUAGGAUUGAGCAAAAGGCAUUGAAGACAGAAUUAGACCAAAUAUUAAAUUCAAUUAUCGGAAAAACCAAUAAUAUUAGCGAAAUAAAGCGAAAAAUCGAGGAACAAAACACAAUUUUGAAAAAUCUUCAAUUUGAGCUCAAUGAAAGUAAAUCUUCCUUAAUAAAACUACAACAAGAAAUUGAGUCUAGCAAUGAUAUAAUAAAAGAAAAUAAAUCAGAAAUAAAGAAAAUUGAAAAAUUAAUUUCCAAGAAGCAAAUUGAAAAUUCAAAAAUUAAACAUGAAAUCAAAACUUUGAAAACUGAUUUGUCACAAAAAAACAAAUUAAAAGACUCGAUGGCAAGAAGAUUUGAUUGGUUACUAGAUAAAAAUUUUACUAAUAAGAUUGAUUUAGAAGCACAUCCAUAUAAAUAUUGUGUAGAAAAGUUGGAAGAACUUCAGAAUGAGCAGAAUUCGCUCUCUAAAAAUGUGAAUAGGAGAAUAUUGAACUUGUAUGAAAGGGUUAAUGCAGAAUGCAACGAAUUAAUCAACAAAAGAGAUAUCGUAAUUAAGGAUAAAGAUAAAAUUGAAGAUGUAAUCGGCGAUUUAGAUCAGAAAAAGAAGCAGGCUUUGGAAAAUACUUGGAAAACAGUGAACUCAACAUUCAAAUCGAUAUUUAGCACAUUGUUACCAAAUUCAAGCGCAGAACUUGUCCCUUAUAUCAACCCUGAAACUAAUGUUGAAAGUUUUCAUGAAGGACUUGAAUUUAAAGUUGGAUUUGGCGGAGUCUGGAAAAAAUCUUUGAGUGAACUUAGUGGUGGGCAGAGAUCAUUACUAGCACUAUCAUUGAUUUUAUCUAUGCUUAGAUUCAAACCUGCACCAGUAUAUAUUUUAGAUGAGAUUGACUCUGCGCUUGAUCUCGCACAUACACAAAAUAUUGGAAAAAUGAUCAAAAACCAUUUUCCGAAUUCGCAAUUUAUAAUUGUUUCACUUAAAGAAGGAAUGUUUAAUAAGGCAAAUGUAUUGUUUAAGACCGAGCUAAUUCACGGUGUCUCAACUGUAAGUAAAAUUGAAAACUACUCAAGCGAAAAUGAGCACGAUGAGGAAUCAGAAAAUUGCAACGAAAUAGUUAAUUAUAACAAGAUUCGUAAAAAAAUUAAGUGA